CCGCCCCCGCGCCGCGCAGGCGGGGACCCACCGGUUUUGCUCCGCUUUAGCAGCGGCGAAGGGAGGACCCCCGGGAGCCGGUCCCCGGCGUCCGGUUGCCCAGCCCUUUUCAGGCGUGGGCCCGCAUGGAGGGGACCGUGGAGUCCCAGACGCCUGACCUGCGGGAUGUGGAGGGUAAGGUGGGCAGGAAGACCCCUGAAGGGCUGCUCCGCGGGCUGCGAGGCGAGUGUGAGCUGGGAACCUCUGGCGCCCUGCUGCUCCCAGGGGCGCCUAGCACCGGCCACGACUUGGGGGACAAGAUCAUGGCGCUGAAGAUGGAGCUGGCUUACCUGCGAGCCAUCGAUGUGAAGAUCCUGCAGCAGCUGGUGACCUUGAAUGAGGGCAUCGAGGCAGUGCGCUGGCUGUUGGAGGAGCGGGGGACGUUGACCAGUCAUUGCAGCAGCCUCACCAGCAGUCAAUAUAGCCUGACAGGCGGGAGCCCAGGCCGCUCAAGGCGAGGCAGCUGGGACAGCCUGCCAGACACCAGCACCACCGACCGGCUGGACAGUGUCUCUAUUGGCAGCUUCCUGGACACAGUGGCCCCCAGCGAGCUGGAUGAACAGGGCCCACCUGGGGCUCCACGUUCCGAGAUGGACUGGGCAAAAGUUAUAGCUGGUGGAGAGAGGGCCAGGACUGAGGUGGAUGUGGCAGCCACCAGGCUAGGGAGCUUGAGAGCUGUGUGGAAGCCCCCAGGGGAGAGGCUUCAAGGUGGACCACCUGAGUCACCAGAGGAUGAGAGUGCCAAGCUGGGCUUCGAGGCCCACUGGUUCUGGGAGCAGUGCCAGGAUGAUGUGACCUUCUUGUAACAACUAUUCCACCCUUUUGUAAUCCUGUGGCUCUUUUAUCCAUUAGCUGUGGUCUCCCCCAAAAUUGAUUCUCCCUCAGUCUGAGACUAGGAAGAGGCUGCACUGAAAUCA